AUGGCGACCAAGGCGGCUUUAAAACGGCUUACUCGAGAAUACCAAAGUAUCCAAAAGAACCCUCCUCCGUUUAUCAUUGCCCACCCAUCUGAAAGCAAUAUUCUCGAAUGGCACUAUAUUCUCACAGGCCCUCCUGGAACUCCAUAUGAAAAUGGACAAUACUGGGGUACACUUAUGUUUCCUCCAGAGUAUCCCUUUGCGCCCCCCGCCAUUCGCAUGCACACGCCCAGUGGUCGCUUCCAGCCAUCCACUCGUCUCUGCCUGAGUAUUAGCGACUUCCACCCCAAGUCUUUCAACCCUGCCUGGGAAGUUUCGACCAUCUUAAUCGGACUAUUAUCUUUUAUGACUAGCGAAGAGAUGACUACGGGAAGUGUUAGCGCAUCGGAAGCGGAGCGUCGAGUGUUUGCCGUUCGGUCGAGAUGGUGGAACUCAACUGGUGGCGGUUCACACCUUAACGCCACCCCGGGUGUGACCCGAACAGCCAAGGGAAUAAAUAACGUUAAGGCGGGGGAUGGAGGCCUCAAGUUCAAAACCGAGUGGCCUGAGUUGGACCAGGAAAAUUGGGCCUGGAUGAAGGAACAUCGUAUCGAUACCAACACCGGUCAGAUUCUCCCAGACCCGAACGCUCCCACCAAUUGUUCUCCGGAGACCAAUGCCCUACGUCGACGUCCCAAUGGAAGUGCCCCAGGGAUUGGAGCGAUCGUGGAGGAAGGUCAUGUGGCUCGGGAAGCCGGUCAGGGAUGGGCACGACGCAACCGUAUUUGGAUCGGAUUAGCGGUGCUUUUCGGCUAUGCAUUAAUCUCCAGACUCAUGGCUGACAUGGCGGCAUAA